UCUCAAAAACAUUAUUAAUAAAGCCCGUAACUUUUUACAUCAUUCGAAAGCUUAAUUGAUGAUGAAUAUUUUUAUUUUUAUUUCAUAUCGGUAUCUUUAAUAAUCAUGAAGAUAGAGGCCAAAAUCAGAAAAGCAGCCAUUCGAUCAAUUUUUUGGCAACACUGGACGGUGGAGGACUGGAGAAGGGUGAUAUUCAGUGACGAAACCAAAAUCAACCGGCUUGGUAGCGAUGGUACAAAAAGAUUGAUUCACGAAGAAUACAGUUCUGGUGCCUUAUCAACCAAUAGACCUAUUCAACAGUUGCUAAUGGUUUGUCAUUCAGAUGAAAACUGACAAGCGGUUGUUGACGAUUACAAUAAAGCCAUCGAAAAGAGACCAACGGACUCGUGUACGUGCUGUGAUGGACUUUUCUUUCCAGAUACAAUGAAGGCUAUGACAAAAACAACUCUGAUGACCAAGAAUAUGGAUGCUGACGACAUCAACAAGGUAAUAAUCAGAAAAAUAUAUAGCAGUCGUUGUAAUGAUCCAUUCCUGAAUAACAAUAAAUCACCUGACAUAUUAUAAGAUCAAGUACCAUCAUCAUAUCAAGUACCAUCAUCAUGUAAGACAAGAUAUUCUUAACAUCCCCAAACACGACAAGAGAUCAUUAUCAUCAAGAAUGAGACAUCUAGAUUCCCCUGCCAAGAUCAUAGAACCCUCCAUCUAAGAAGCUUCUUCCUAGAAUACCUUAGCAUUCCUUGGCAUCCAAAAGAUAUAAAUUAGAUCAUAGUUUAGUUUCUUCCCUUCCUUUUUUCUUUAAC